UCUGGAUAUUUACCUCCAGUGCAGAAGAAUGGCGAGAGAUUCCACUGCGCGCUGCCCGGGCUCUCCGGGGCGGAACGCCUGGAUGGUGGCAGCGGUGAUCAUUGUGGCUGCUCAAGGUGUCGUUGCUCAGAAAGUGCGAGUGGAGGAAGAGUUGGAGGCGUAUCCCACAGAAUCUGUCGAUCUGCGCUGUGAAUUCGUCGAUGGGGGGAGUUUAACCAAGCUCACACAGGUAUCGUGGAUAUGGGAACCUGUUGAUGGCCAAAGGGACAACAUCGCCGUGUACCACCCAACCUAUGGGCAGAGUUUUCCCAACGUGGCCUUUAAGGAUCGAGUUAUUUUCCUCCAAAACAAUCUGAGGAUCCCGUCCAUAAGGAUUAAAGACCUGCGCAUGUCCGAUGCUGGGCGCUACACCUGCGAGUACGCUACGUACCCGUCUGGAAACGAGCAGGGAACCACCACGCUCAUAAUGCUCGCCAAGCCCAAGAACUCGGCCAAAGCCGUGACGGUCCAGGCUGGCAGCAAGUCGGUGAUGGUGGCCCACUGCGAGGCGGCGGACGGGAAACCGGCCGCCACCAUCAAGUGGCUGGCGUCGGUCGGUGGCAACCACUCAACCACCUCCACGAACGGGCCGGAUGGCACAGUGACGGUUCGGAGCGAGUACAGGCUGGUCCCGACGGCGGAGGACAACGGGAGAGAGGUGACCUGUCUGGUCGACCAGAAGACCCAGGACCGGCCGUGGACUGAGGUUCUGAAGCUCUCAGUGGAGUACCCUCCCACCGUCACCAUCGAUGGUUACGACCACAACUGGUACGUUGGUCGUUCUGACGCCGUUCUGUUCUGCCAUGCCACGGCGAACCCCGAGCCCACCACCAUCACCUGGACAACGGCUUCGGGUUCGCUGCCGGACACGGUGGUGGUGGAGCAAAACAAGCUGACGGUGAGGAAGGUGGACGACGCCGUCAACACCACCUUCACCUGUGAGGUCAAGAACAAGCACGGCGCCAGCAGGAAAACGCUCACCACGUUCGUCAUCGAAGCCUUGGAGGAUCCGUCCAGUGCCGGCGCAGUGGCGGGCGCGGUCAUCGGCUCCCUCCUGGCUCUCCUAUUGGUCGUGACUCUCGUUGUUGUCCUCCUGACCCGCAGCCGCCGCCAACAGAGGCGGGGCUUCCCCAGCAGCGGGGACUCUGUGGCGGCGGGCAACGGAGGCAGCAACGGUUCGGACUACGGCAACAAAGCCCGCCUGCUAUUCACCGGCUCCGGAAACGGCAGCAAGAACGGAACCGGGGCGAACAACAACGGGCCGGUGUACACGUACCGGGAGGGCUGCGACGCCACUGGGACCCUGACAGAGAAACCCAACAGCUACCACCACCACCUCCAUCACGCUCCAGCCGGAAACCGGCUCACCCCCCAUGACAUCCUGCUCUGCGGUGAGAUGGAUGAAGCUGAGAGGAGGAAGUUUAACCUGGAUGACAGCAUCGAGGAGGAAGACGAGCGAUACAAUCGAUUUGGAGGCGGCGGGAACGCGCUGCCUCCGGCGUAUCAUGCCCACAGGGGUCAUGGCGGCGAAGCAGAAAUGGAUGUGUACCUCGACGACGACAUGGAGUCCCAGAGGGACGGCUCCGUCAUCUCCCGGACUGCCAUUUAUGUCUGAGGAUGUGGAGAGGAGAAGAAGAGUCUGGAAAUCAGAGGAUGAGAUGGAGGAAGUGAGGGAGUUGAAAACAACUUCCUGUUCAGCACUAAAAUUCAAAUCGCCUCCAUUAGCUCGACACCUACCUGCUUAAACUCCAACCUGACUGCAGAGUUGCCAUCAGUAAUUUCCUCUAUGCUUCACAGUUCCUGUAUAUUACUGUCUAAAGAGGACUACGAGAACAAUAAAAACAGAAAGAAGUUGUUGUGAUGCUUGUGAGGCAAAAGUUGUGCGCUGUGGCUCAGUUUGUGACCGUGUUAAACUGUAACCAGGGGAGACUUGAUCCAGUCAGAAACCUUAGCGAACUCUUGACUCUACGCUGCUUAUCGCUACGUUCUUCUCGCUUCAGCUUCGCUGUGUGAUUAUGUGCAGAGUGACUCCAGUGUUUGUACUGUAAACAUUACCAGAAAUCGCAUAAACAUCACAAAAUCACCCAGAUUGAUGUAAAAUCUUCAACUUAACAGCUUCUGUGGAUUUUGCUGUUGCUCUUGUGACGAAACCUGAACUUGAAUUUAUAUAAAAAAAACCUCUGAAAGACUAAACUUGUCGUCCUGGCAACAGUGAGAGACUCCUUCUUAAUCGCCGAAUGCUGGCUCUACUGGGGGCUCGCUCCCUGCGACACCACCUGGUUUCCCGAUGGGAGCCACUGAAGUGCGGGGCCCCAUGCUGAGUCACAUGACAGACUUACCAGUGUGUGCUAAUGUGUGGCUGGCUGUGGUGUUAAUGAUGUGCAUCAUCCGUAUAUUGGGCGGUGUGUCACUGUAGCACAGUUGUUGCUGUUGUUGUUGUAGAUGUUGUUGUUGUUGUUGUUGCUCUUGUGUAAUGGUGUUGAUCUUGCUUGGAAAAAGAUGCACCGAGAGCCUUGGGGGGUUUCACAAAGUUUCAUGUUGAGUCUGUAAUGACUCAUUAAAUGAAUAAAAAAGUUGCUUUUCUUUGUUUCCAACUCUACUUCCUUCUUUUUGUUUUACCUUAUUUACUUUCUUCCCCCUUGUUUCCUUCCUUAGAGGACUGUUCAGUUGUUUUAUGUUCCAGUUUUAUAUGAUAAUUCUGUUUUUUUUAUUUGGGCUCCAUGUGUUGAGUGAGAUAUCCACCAGCAUUGUUGGAGGUUAUCGGAUGUCACUUAUCACUUUUUCAGGGCCUUUUGAAUGUUUUAGGGUCUUUUUCUGAUUAUUAAAUAUUCAAGAUGCAUUUAUGAUUAUUAAAGAAAAGAAAAUCAAACAAUUUCUCACUUACACAAUGUAUGUUAGCAUAUUCAAGCUUUGUUAGAAAUAGUAAAGCUGUAAUCUUACCGAAGGAUUCCAGUGAAGUAUUGAGCCACAACUCCAAGUUUAGAUCAGAAAACCUUUUGGGGGCGACAUUGGGCUCACACUCACCGGCCUCUUUAUUAGUCACACCUAUUCAGUCACUCAUUAAGACAGGUAGCAAAUCAGCCAAUCACAUGGCAGCAGGAUCCAGAUGUGGUUGAUCACAGCUGUAUUUCAAACCUACAAUUGCUCCUGAAGGUCAAUGGUGGGCCUAAUAAAGUGGACAGUAAUCUGUUCUUCAGGAUGCACUGGAGAUGUGCUAAUCUGAUAUUAAUCUGAAAAACGUAGUUCAGGUAAACAUGAAAGGCUAAAGAGCUUUAAUUAGCGUAUAACUCCUACGCUCGGGUGCAAUAUGAUGCAAAAAAUACAGAUUUAAUAAAUAUCCUAUAAGGCUUAAGAGCAGUUUUAGAUUAGAUCUUCUUCUGAGAUUACAAAUUUAUCUUUUGAAAAUCUGGGAAGAUGAGCCUGAAAUUAUUUGUGGCAAAUCUGGAACACAAAAUUUUCAAUGUAUUUCUAAAAAGUCAGAAUGAGAUUUUUUUUAAAUUUUUUUUAACAUAUUUUCAGAUUAACAAGCGUUAAAAACAGAAAUGUUUUAAGACACAAGCUCUGCAGCUCUGAUUGUUUACCAGAGAUGAAGCUACGUGUUUUCCCCUCUUUGUGUUUCAGGCUUAUUUGAAAUGUUUUCCAGCCAGUUUCCUGUUUCUCUUGAGAAAUUACAAGUUGAAUGUAGCAGUAAAUAAAGCACAGCAAUUUAUGUGAGAAAUAUAAUGCAGUAAGUAAAGACUGAAGUCUCUGAAGAUCAGGUGUAAAUAAAACAUUUCAUUUGAGAAAACAUUUUAAUUAACAGCUUGUGUGAAUCAUUUUUAUGUCACUGUAGCGGUGAGGUGACCCAUCCAGGAAAACCAUCACAGAGGAACGUAGACGGGCUUCCACAUGGAGGGAACUGAAACAUUUCAAGCCACAGAAAACUCAUUAACUGCUCAGAAAAAUUAACUCUAAAUCAGAAAGAUCAGGCGAAAAGCUGUUGUAAAAAAUAGGAUUUUUAUUAAAUGAAAACUGGCCCAGGCCAAGUUAGUUAAAUUAAGUUUUAAAAAGGCAUUAAGCAUUGUAGAUGCAGCACACAGUGUAAACUACACUCAACAGUGUUCACUUUAUUCAAGGUCAGCACUGUUUCCAUCAAAUCUGCCAUUAAAACUGAAAACGAUCUGCUUUACACACUUUGUUUAUUACAAGUUGUUUGUUGCAAUGAACAAAACAGUGAACUAAAGGGUUUCUGCAAAAGGAUUUACAAAAUAAUACUUAUUAUGCCUUAUUUUUAAUCUAUCACAUCACGUGAUAGUCCAACGUCAGUAGUUUUUUGACAAAGCUGUUGAUAUCCCUUUUUCCAAGCUUAAUGGUGUUUAACAUUCACCUCUGAUAGAGAACAUGACCGGGAAUAACGUUUUAACUCCCUAAACAAACUGCAGCAAAGCGUCACAUUUUAUUACAAUAUCUUAUGGAGCAUCAUAAAAACGAUAAAAGUUACGACAUAAAAAUAUUUCCAGCCUCUUUUUUUUGGUAGCUGUUUGACUGUGAGUGUAUGAAACAAUCAGACACACAAACACAAAUACUACUCUUGAAAAACAUUUCAAACAGGCAUCUUAAGGACACCAAAUACAUAAAGUAUUGUGAUUUUUAUCACUAACCUGUACACAGUAUUUAGAACUGCAGUGGAGCCCCGACUACUCAGACUUUUCUGUGGAACAUGAGUCCAAAUGAUUCAUGGAAAAACUGUAUUUAUGGAUUCUUUUAGUGGAUAAUAUCUAAAUAAAUAGCUAAACUCUAUGUACUUCACAUGCUGUUGGCGGACGUUUGCAGAGCAACCAAUCUGGGAUCCCAUUUAUUUUUCUAGGUCCUGAUUGGCUGAACGCUCAAUAACAGAAAUAAAGAAAUCCAUCAAUGUUAGGUUUUGUGGUAGUGCAGGCUUCACUGUGCUUAUUAGUGCAUAUUAAGGCAUAUUUGGUUAGAAGCAUUUUUAGAAGAGAUCUAAAGUAUUUGCUGUCCCUGUUCCCUCAUUAUUAACUAUAAUCACAUUUUCCAACAUGUUGAUGCUCUCAAAAUGUGGAGAAAAUAGUAAAACUAACAGUUCCAACAAUACAGUUUUUGAGUUUUUAAAUAUCAUUAGAUUGUCACAAUGAAUCAAGAUGAUAAUGACAGGACUCUUUCUAGUGUAAAGAUGAACUAUCAGGCCGAUAGUUCAUCUUUAGCUCUAGUAGUUAAUGCAUAAUAAUGCCUAAAUUCCUCAGCUGGACCAGAAGAGUUUUGUUUCUCAAAACAAAACGUUUAAACAUCCGUUAGAAGAUGGAAUAAAUGAACUAAGUUUCAAAUUUACAGCCUAGAUAUCAAAUUAGACUUGUAAUAACUCUAUAACACCCUGCAGAAGCUCUGCACUUAAAAUGGUUUUUCAGAUGUUUCAUCAGUUUCAACAUAAAGAAUAACAGAAAAAAGGGAAUUUCCAAUGAAUGUUUUAAUCUCUCCUUUUUCAUAUUCUCAUGAUCCAGUGUACUGUGAAAGAAAAAAGUAUUGUCAACAUACUAUAGCUGUUAUUCCUCAACAUGAACUGUAACUACUGUCAUGUGGGUUGGAAAUCUGCAGUUUUGCCAUUAAAUCAAGAGCUGAAAUGUUUGGAUUUUAUAUUGAUUUUUUUUCUGUUAUAAAGGAAAGCUGGUUCAGCUCUUCCACCGCCGAGCAGUUCCCUUGUUGCUGAUUGAUGUUGGACAUACUGUGCAAUCUGUUGUUCUGUAAAUGAGACAGUUGUAUCUGCUUUCUUACUAAAUAUUUCAGUGGAGACUCUACAUACAGCUGCAUCCUUUGUCUGCACAAGCUGCCAAUUAUGUUGAAAUGACUUGCAGACAGCUAUAGUGUAACUUCAGUUCUUACACAUAUUGUGUUUAUUGUCUCCCUACUGAAAAAAUGAGAUGUGGGGUUUUAUUUAGGACUCUGUGGGGUGCAUCCUUGCUCCAAGAAUAAAAUGUUUCCAGUAACUAUAUGAUAUCUGUCUGAGUGUAAAUUGAGAGAGACAGUUAUUUCUGUUUUGUUUACAGUGCUGUAUUAUAUCUAAAUGGAGAUAUUUUUGUUAGAGGUAUGGGUAAAAAUAAAAGCCCCGGCUUUUUGAGGGCUCCAUGUGACUAUAUCCAGCAUCUGGUCUCAGUUUUGUUUCUCCAGGGAUUUCUAAAGGUAAUAUUAAACGGGGCUCACAAAUUUGGUGCCUAAUUAUUCCCAGAGUCUUGUAGCAUGGAUGCACCCUCAGCGAGAAAAUUGUCAUCGGUCAUAACUUUUUGUUUCAGCACAACCCAGUUUCAAUAAAAGAAAAGCAUUUCA